CUACGCAGAGUUCACAGGAGGUUAGAAAAAGGAUAGUCUCGGUAGGAGACCUGUCGUUUUGUGGAGGGCUAGCCGUAAGAGUCUUGGACGUUUCCAAAGAUAAUGGUAUUGACACAACAGAGAAGACAACCUGCCUCGGACGACCAGUUCCCAACCACUCAGCUAUUCCUUUUAGCAAUAUGUCGUGUUGCGGAGCCUAUUGCCUUGACUUCCAUCUUCCCAUACUCAUGGGUGAUGGUCAAGGACUUCAAUGUGGCUAAUGGAUCCGAUGCGUCCUUCUUUGCUGGCAUACUUGUCUCGGCCUUUUCACUGGCCGAAGCGCUCACCGGUAUGUUUUGGGGAAGCCUCUCAGAUCGUGUCGGUCGCAAACCUGUCCUACUGUCCGGUUGCCUCGGAACCAUGGCAUCCCUUCUUAUUGUCGGCUUCGCGUCGAACUUUUGGGUAGCUCUCUUUGGUCGGGCCCUCGGAGGCGUCUUGAACGGAAAUAUCGGUGUCAUCCAGACAAUGGUCGGCGAACUAGUCAAAAGACCUGAGCAUGAACCUCGAGCUUAUGCUGUGAUGCCAUUUGUUUGGUCAAUUGGCACAAUUAUUGGGCCAGCUAUUGGAGGGUUACUUGCAAAGCCUGCUGAAGGCUUCCCUUCUUUGUUUAAUCGUGAUGGCCUCUUUGGCAGCUUCCCUUAUCUCCUACCAAACCUUGUUUGUUCUGUCUUACUCUUUCUCAGCAUUAUCUUCAGUUGGCUCUUCCUGGAAGAGACUCAUCCCGAUAUGCAGCCUGGGAAUGUUAUCGAAAAUCUCGACAACAGAUCCGCAGAACGCCCUCUUCUAGCGACUUCUGGGGCGACUGCCAAUGCAGGAGCGGAUCUACGAGCCGAAUCAUACGGCACUUUCAAUCAGGUUCACCUAUAUGAUGAGGAGGAUUGGUUGGUGCGGGCAGAUGGUUCAAGGCCCGAGAAAAUCUCACAAAGACAAACCAUCUUCACGAAACGAGUCAUGAUGCUCAUCGUUGCGUUGGCGAUCUUCACUUAUCACUCCAUGACUUAUGACCACUUACUGCCUAUUUUUCUCCAGGACAAGAAUUCUCGAGACAUCCAUACUGUUGGAAACUCGAUAUUGAACUUCCCCGGCGGUGUUGGUCUUUCAACCAGAACAGUCGGCCUAAUUAUGUCUACCGACGGCGUCAUCGCACUAUUCAUUCAAAGUGUCAUUUUUCCUGCAUUGGCACAUUAUUUGGGAGUGUGGAGACUUUUCGUGAUUGUGACCAUUCUUCAUCCGGUGGCUUAUUUCAUGGUUCCAUUCCUUAUUUUUCUCCCUCACGGUCUGUUGUUCUUCGGCAUUUACGGAUGCUUAGUCGUUCGCAAUAUCCUUGCAAUCAUUGACUACCCCGUUUUGUUGAUCCUUAUUAAGCAAGCUAGCCCUUCCGACUCGGUCUUGGGAAAGAUCAAUGGCCUUGCUGCUUCCGCCGGAGCUGCUUCUCGCACCAUCGCCCCACCCAUGGCCGGUUAUUUGUACAGCACCGGUGCGGAACUUAAUUGUACUGCGCUUGCAUGGUGGGGAAGCACUCUAGCCGCAAUCGUCGGUGCCAUGCAGCUGUGGUUCAUGGAGCGAAAGAAACACUCGUCGGCUACAAUCCAGCCAGCCGCCCCCUGCCACUACUUGCCAAAUGAGACCCACCCUCGGAGAGACGCCGUUCAUAUUAUAGUUACAGGCGCUGAUUAGGCAUUCCGGAUGCCUAAUGAUGCAGGGGAUGAGCAGACGGUACUGCAGACAACGACUGGAUCAUCAUACAGCUGAGGAGUGGUACUCACCGAGAAUGCCUCAACCAAUUGACUGGAUCAUUGCAAUGGGCAGUGAAAAAGUACAUAUACCUUCUCUUUUUUAAAAAAAGAUUGUCUCUCCCCUAGACUUGUGGUUACAGUUGAAGGGCAAAAAGUUCUGCACGUUGGAUUUUUGCAUGGUGUUUGGGUGUUUUAUGUAUAGCGUAUGAGUCUGAAUAAUAAAUAUCAUUUUCCAUAACGUCCGUUCGUCUAUAAGCCCGUAUGGUUCGAGAGCUAAACCAUAAACACCAGUAGCCUCCUUCGACCUAGAUUAUGCCCCCUUUCAAAAGCAUAACACCACAAUAUAUAAGCUGAUGGGAGCAUUUUGGAAGUUAGGCGAUUGCCGACCUACAUCCAAUUCACGCGGGUGUCUGAUCUAAUGUGUAGCAUGAAUGAAAGUCUCUGUAAGUG